GUCGCAGCACUGACGCCACUUCCCGCGCGUCACGGCCGCGCCCCGCCGGGGCCGUUGUCAGGGCCGGGGCGCGCAGCUUCCGGCCGCCGCCCGGAGCCGUGAGCUGAGGAGCGGCGCGGCCCGCUCCGCCUGCGGGGCCGGCGGGGCUGCCGCUUUUUGCAGAGAGAAGAAAGAUGGAAAGUAAUGCAGUUUUAUUGGAAUCCAAGUCCUCCCCUAUCAACCUGCUGAAUGAAAUGCAUCAGCUGCGUCUCCUGGGCCACCUCUGCGAUGUGACAGUCAGCGUGGAAUAUCAAGGCGUCAGGGCAGAGUUUGUUGCUCACAAGGCCGUAUUGGCAGCAACAAGCAAAUUUUUCAAGGAGGUGUUCCUUAAUGAGAAGGGCAUGGAUGGCCCAAGGACCAACGUGUUCCUGAACGAGGUCCAGGUUGCCGAUUUUGCUUCGUUUCUUGAGUUUGUGUAUACUGCUAAGGUAGAAGUGGAAGAAGACAGAGUGCAGCGUAUGCUGGAAAUAGCCGAAAAGCUGAAGUGUUUGGACCUCUCAGAAACCUGCUUUCAGUUGAAGAAGCAGAUGCUUGAGUCAGUGCUGUUGGAGUUGCAAAACUUCUCAGAAUCACAGAACUCCGAGGAAGAGAGCACGGCCCAGCCAAGCAUUUUGCUCGAGUCCAAAGGAGCUGCUGUGGCAGAAGCGGACCAGGCAGACUGUCCUCUGGAUCCUCCAGAUUCGCCAGUAGACAGGCCCAGCAACGCAGCAUCUCCUGAGAUGCCGGUUACCAAAUCAAAAGAGAAAACAGACAAAAAGAAGGAAAUGAUGAAGCCUCCUUAUGCCAAAAUCAGAAGGGCGAGUGGGAGACUAGCUGGGAGGAAAAUAUUUGUGGAAAUCCCAAAGAAGAAAUACACAAGGCGGCUGAGAGAGCAGCAGAAGAAUGCAGAGGUUGCUGUUGAAGAAAACAAAUAUCCUCAAGAUCAGGAUAUGUGUGACAUGGAGAGAGAGGAGGAGCAAGCGGAGAACAGCAUCAAACCUGAAAGCGAAGAAUGCGAUGGCAACUUUGAAUUGGAAGAAAACCUGAAAAAAUCUGAAGAGGAUAAAAAGAAACGAGGCAGUAACUUCAAGUGCAGCACAUGCGAGAAGGAAUUCCUCUAUGAGAAAAGUUUUCUCAAGCACAUAAAGCACAGCCACGGCAUUGCAGCUGAAAUCAUUUAUCGGUGUGAAACCUGCAGUCAGACCUUUGCCAACCGGUGCAACCUAAAAAGCCAUCAGCGCCAUGUCCACAGCAGUGAGCGCCACUUCCCUUGUGAGCUCUGCGGUAAGAAGUUCAAGAGGAAGAAGGACGUCAAGAGGCACAUUCUCCAGGUUCAUGAGGGUGGUGGGGAGCGUCAUCAGUGCCAACAGUGUGGAAAGGGGUUGAGCUCCAAAACUGCCUUGAGGCUCCAUGAAAGGACGCAUACAGGCGACAAGCCUUAUGGGUGCACAGAGUGUGAGGCUAAAUUUUCUCAGCCUUCUGCACUUAAAACACACAUGAGAAUCCAUACUGGUGAAAAACCUUUUGUCUGUGAUGAAUGUGGUGCCAGGUUCACGCAGAAUCACAUGCUUAUAUAUCACAAACGAUGUCACACAGGGGAAAGGCCUUUCAUGUGCGAAACGUGCGGGAAGAGCUUUGCCUCUAAGGAGUACCUGAAACACCAUAACAGAAUCCAUACGGGAUCCAAACCAUUCAAAUGUGAAGUUUGCUUCAGAACGUUUGCACAGAGGAACUCGCUGUACCAACAUAUAAAAGUUCACACAGGUGAGCGACCCUACUGCUGUGACCAGUGCGGUAAGCAGUUCACGCAGCUGAAUGCGCUGCAGCGUCACCAUCGCAUACACACUGGGGAGAAGCCGUUCAUGUGCAAUGCCUGCGGGCGAACUUUCACCGACAAGUCCACCCUCCGGCGGCACACUUCGAUACAUGAUAAAAACACACCCUGGAAGUCCUUCCUUGUCAUUGUCGAAGGAGCAUCUAAGAAUGAUGAAGGUCACAAGACAGAGCUUCCCGAUGAAGAAUAUGAUGUGUCACCUAAAAUACCCGAGAAGCUGCUGUCUUUCUCCGAGAACAGCCACUAUCCAAACUUGACUGCCGUUGCGGGGAGCGUGACUGCACUGCACGAUAGUUCUACCACGGGAACAGACUGUAAGUCAGACGGGACUCCAGGGCCACAGGAGGCCCUUAUAGCCACCACUCUAAGUGAGCUGACAGUGCUGCAGACACAGACAGAUGCUAUGCAGCCACAGCUUCAUGCUCUGGUGAAUAUGGAAUAAUUUGGUAUUUACAAAUCCAGUUUAAGCUGCACCCUUUGUAUAGUCCUUUGACUUUGCCGGUAGCCUACUGAGGGAACUAGGGGAAGCUACAAGGAAGCAGGCACUGGAUUUCCAGAAUUUCCUCUGAAAAUUCAUUACCUGCCUCCAACACAUACAGCUCCAUCUCCUGAAGGCAGGGCAGAGUAGCACCACAGCAGGGCAGUGGAAGAGGAGGCAGAGGUCCCAGUAAGUUUAUUUCCGACAAAUAAACUUUUUUUAUUUUUUUAUUGUGUAGCUCAGCUCCUUUGCUCUAGCCGGCCUGUACUGAAAGGAAGUACCUGUAUUUGGGUAGGUUAUAAAGAAGGUGUGAAUGUGAUUUCCAGUUGAUUUGAUGACACGCGUACAAUCAAGAGAAAUUAUGUUGUGUUUCUCAGCCUAGUAGCUUAGCGGAAUUAAUUGCGUUUUCCCUUAGUGGGAAUUGAUACGUAAAAUUUAAUUUGUACUAAGUGGCUUUUCAGGAAGUGUUGGUUUCUCUCUGCUUUUGCCAAAGAUCCAAGCAGUGAGCCAGCUCACUCCUUGGGAAUAUGAGUGGGAGCAAGCUUCGGAAAGACCUGGAGUCUCGAUUCUCUAGUAGCAGAAGGGGCAGGUGGGAUCCAAGUGCUGCAUCUGUAGGGGCGGUGGUGAUUACAUUUCCCUGAAACCUGGCGCAGUUUGACACUUGCAUUCAGUCUCCAUGUUCUAACGGCUCCAGCUUACAUAUAACGUGGCAAUUAAGACUAAAACAUCUUUGGUAAAAAUGUCUGUGAGAGGUAGUACCUCAGUGAUGCUGGGAAGGCUGGUGUAGGAAGACAGCUUACGGCGUUCUCCUCUUGUACCCGAGCCGUUUUCUGCUGGUUCAGAUAGGUCAGCAGCGCACUUUUCUCCACCGUGGCUCAAACACCGCUGCUGCUCAGAACUGCAGACCUGCUUCUAAAUUACCCACUGCUCUGGUGGGGAAAAAACCUCUUACUGUUUUGCUGCGGACUUGCUACAGGGAAUUCCACCAGCGCAAGAGUCUCCAGUGGUAAACCCAGCUACACACAGGAGACAGGCCGGGUGCGUUUGACUAACGGCAUAGAAAGAUGCAACCAAGUGAAAAACGUGGCGGACUAUUCAAGGGGUUCAGGCCUUUGUCUCCCAGGUGGCGCAGACCUUGUGAGUAAGACGGGGUUGGGCUCUGAACAGCAGUUCCAGGCUGGUGUGGGUUUCACUGUCCCCAGCGGGGCGGGGCAAGGGUAUGAGGCUUUUCCCCGUUAGCAUCGGCUGCUCAAUUGUAAUAGAAAACCCUGGCACUGCGCCUUUGUUUUAAAUAAGGGAAUGUGGCAAAGCCAGCACUGGGAUGGAGGGUCCCAGCUGUGACUUGGGUGACCGCAAGGUCACACAGCCUGCUGCAGCAGCCCCAGUCUCUGCAAGAAUUGCGCUUUAUCUUAAUUCAUCCUAAUCUAAUUGCAGCUUGCUUGUAUGGCUAAUGCUUCAAAACUGGGGAUCACAUCCUAGCGCCACCAUUUAAAAAUGGAGCUUUUCAGAGUCAUUUUCCCGUUUCUCUUCAUUUUGCUGUUAGUGUAGUAUUUCCACAGAAACUCUCUCAGCUGAAGCUGUGAGAAACACGGAACGACUGCAGCAGUGUAAAGGUAAGCACAAUCAGGCCUUGCUGAGGCCCGUUCCAAGGCUUAGGGGUUGGCAAAGCAAUAACGAUACCUAGACUGUGGCACAGAGCUAUUUUUGGACCUUAAAGGGAUGUCUGAUGCGUUACCAUGGAAUCAUAACUUAAUCUAUAGAAAGGGAAUUUUUUUAAAAGAUAACAUUUCCAAGAGGUUAUAUUUGAAAUAUUUAUUCAAGCAGGCAGUUCCUGUCGAAGCUCAGUAUUCCCCAUGACCAGUGUCAGGAGUUUGUAGAUAUAUUUAAAGCCUGAGCAUUAGUACCUGUAGCCAGGGAAACUUUUGUACUCCAUGAAUGUACGGAAGUGAGUUACUCGUAUGAACUGUUCUUAUUAAAAUAUUGAAACCUUCA